AUGAAGCAGCGGCGGCGCCGCGGCUGCCGCGCGCGCGAGCCACGGAGCUCGCGAGAGGGAGAUUUCCGCUCCUCGCGGACGGAAAAACAAGUGGAGGAAGAAGAGGGCGGGCUGAGCGCGCCAGCUGGACCAAUCACACGAGCAGCUGCUCUACAUGCAGCUCUCAGCCAAUGGACGCUCAUCUCAGCCCCAUGGCCCCACGUAACGAUGCCUGCAAAUGGAAACCUCCCCCUGAAGUUGCAGUUUGGGCUGAUAAACCACGAGGGUCGCUAUCUCACUGCAGAGAGCUUUGGCUUUAAGAUGAAUGCAUCAGCGCCCAGCCUAAAGAAGAAGCAGGUCUGGACUCUGGAGCACGACUCACAGGACUCUCAGGUGGUGUACCUGCGUAGUCACCUGGGGCGCUACCUGGCCUCCGACAAGGACGGCAAGGUAAGCUGCGAGGCCGAGGGACACAACUCCAACUGCCGCUUCCUAAUAGUGGCGCAGUCGGACGGCCGCUGGGCUCUGCAGUCCGAGCCACACCUGCGCUUCUUUGGGGGCUCUCGGGACUACCUGUCCUGCUUCGCACAGUUCAUCAGUGACGCAGAACUAUGGGCGGUACAUUUAGCCUUGCAUCCACAGGCCAACUUGCAUUCAGUGGCCCGAAAACGCUACGCCCAUCUCUCCAUAGAAGACGGGGAGAUAGCGGUGGAUAUGAACAUUCCUUGGGGAGUGGCCGCUCUCUUGACCUUGGUCUACAUGAAUGGAAAGUACUGUCUUAAAUCCUGUGAUGGUCAGUUUCUUAACAACGAUGGAAAGCUCUUGAUGCAGAGUGGGAGAGGCACAGCGUACACGUUGGAGUUUAAGUGUGGGAAACUGGCUUUUAAAGACUGUGAAGGGAAGUACCUGUCUCCUAUGGGGCCCACCGGCACGCUGAGGUCUGGGCGAUGUUCUAAACCAGGCAAAGAUGAACUGUUCGACUUAGAGGAGAGCCAUCCGCAAGUCGUUCUGACCGCUGCCAACGGCCGAUUUGUCUCUAUAAGACAAGGAGUGAGUCUUUCAGCGAAUCAAGAAGACGAGAGCGACAUGGAGACGUUUCAGAUGGAGAUAGAGAAGGAGACCAACAAGUGUACGUUUCGCAGCAGCCAAGGGAACUACUGGACUCUGGUGGCCCACGGAGGGAUCCAGAGCACGUCCUCUGUGGUCUCAGCAGACACCAUGUUUUCAGUGGAGUGGCUUGGCCAGAAGGUGGCACUAAAAGCGAGCAAUGGAAAAUACAUUUGCACUAAGAAGAACGGACAGCUCCUGGCAGUCAGUGAUUCAGUGGGUGAGGACGAACUUCUGUCUAUAAAAAUGAUCAACCGGCCCAUGCUGAUUCUGAGAGGGCAGAAUGGUUUCAUCUGCCACCACAAGAACUCAAACACCCUGGACGCCAGCAGAUCCAUAUAUGACAUCUUUACUCUGCAGCACAGCAACGGGGCGUACCAGAUCAAAGGUGCCUCUGGACAGUACUGGUACGUGAACAGCUCUCUGGUGGUGUGCUCCGACGGCGAGGCCCCAGAGGAUUUCUUCAUCGAACUGGUGGAGCGUGGCCGUCUGGCGAUCCGGGGCAAGAACGGGAAGUACCUGCGCGGAGACCCGGGAGGACUGCUGAAGGGGGACGGACUGACUCUCAGCAGCUCCGUCCUGUGGGAGUACUAA